AUGCACGUGUGGCAUCACCGUUACCACACUCCGUCCGUUCACUUGCCUGGGGAGACGUUUCCACGUGGGGGCUACAAGGGUGUGCCGGAUGGCUACGUCGAUGGGUGGCCGCAUGCCAAGUCUUGGCCGCAUCUCGCCAAGAAGAAAGGGACGGCGUCCGGUGGAGCUCGGGGGUCAGGCGGGAUGGAGCGGUUCAUGACAACCAAGCUGUCCACGGAGGAGCUACGGCAAGCGAUCGCCAAGCUGGUGGUCACCUGCGACCUCCCCUUCCGCAUCGUCGAGUCCGAGGCCGCCAACCCCGCCACGCCGAAGCCGGCGUUGAAGCUGGUGCAGGACAGUCCUACGCGCUGGGGGUCGACCCACGACAUGGUCGAGCGUGCGGGUGUUCUGCAGAACCCCAUCACUGUCUUCUUCGCCCAGACACAGGGCUUGUCGAAGACCGACAAGAAGAAGGUGGAGAGUUUGCGUCUGACAGACACAGACUGGGAGACCCUGCAGGCCGUGAAGACGUUCCUAAGCCCCUUCGCCAAGGUCUCCAAGGCAGCAGAGGGGGCGGCGUACCUGACUGUGUCGAUGGUGGUGCCGUACUACAACGGCCUGAUCGACGCCAUGGAGUCGCGCCUUGCCAAGGGGCCAUCUCCGACGCUGCAGCCGAUGAUCGUGGCGGUGCUGAGCCACUUGAAGAAGUACGCCUACAUCACCAGCAACGAGUACUGGAUCGCCACCUUCUUGGACCCUUCCAUGAAGGCGGCGUGGUUCGACGACGCACACUGGGAGAAGCUGCAUCCCGAGACCGACAGGAGGGUGAGGCCGCGUCCGGCGUCUGGCGAGGUGAUCAAGCUGGUGCGCGACCGCGUGGCCGAGUACCAGGCCCGGGCUGCAGAGCUUGCUCCACGGCCGACCCCACUUGCCCCCGUUGCGGAGGAGGAGGAGGGAGACGAGGAGGAGGACGACGAUGACGCGAAGUUUCUCCCUAGUCACCGACGACUUGCGGCGCGUCUGUCGGCGAGCCAGGAUGCGGGGGCGGGUGGGAUGGUGCAGGACGACGAGGUUAGCAGGUACUUGUCCGAGAGGGUGCGGUGCGACGUGACAGCGCUAGAGUACUGGCGCAGUGCCACCAACAUGCAGACGCUGAGGCGCAUGGCCCGGGAUUAUCUCGCCAUCCCUGCCACGUCCGCUUCGAGUGAGCGGGUGUUCUCCCUUGGUCGCAACCUCAUUUCCUGGAAGCGGCACCGCCUGGCCUCUCAGAGGACGCGAGCUGUCAUGAUUCUCAGAUCAUGGUACAGUUCACACCCUGGCCAGAGGAUAGGCGAGGGCCGCCGACCGAGAGGCGUCGCACCACCAGAGUUCGCCAUUGAGGGUGAGGGGGCAGAGGAGGAUGACGAGGAGGAGGAGGAGGAGGGUGUGGAGGCUGACGACACAGCUGGUGGAGAGGAUGCUGUUGUUGGUAGUAGCAGUGCAGUGGCGCCUUAG